UAGCCCAUUUAAACGGCCCAUCUAAACACCUCACCCGUUUUUCUUCCCUGCUUCGUCUUCGUGGUGGCGGAUCGCGUGCUGCCUCGUACUAGGGUUCUUCCAUCGGACGAGGUUGAAGCAGAUCUCUGGAAAUGGCGGAUGAAGAUAACCGGAUGGUACAAAAUCAGAUGCAAACUAAUGAAGGUGAAAAGAAGCGAGCUUACCUAACAAGGGAAGAACUUAGUCAGUUACCAGAUGAUACAAAUACCUACAAAUCCAUUGGAAAAGUGUUUGUUCCAGAACCAAAAUCAUUUCUGUUGAAUGAUCAAGAGCAGAAAUCUAAAGAUAGUGAGAUAUCUACAAAUUCUUUGCAGCAAAUAGAGCAGUUGAAGAGACGGUCACAUGCACUGACUGGGGAAGUGAAUUUUGCACAAGAGGAGGAUAUUCGGUUAGAGACAACACGGGCUCGAUUGUCAAAUGUACUGAAAAGGCAUGAAGAAUUGACAGAGCGGUUAUCAAGGGACUCUGAUAAGAUAAUAUUUGAACGUUUGGAAAAGGAAUUUGAUGCUGCACGAACUGCUCAAACUGAAGAGAUUUCUUUGGAUGAAGAGCAGUGGAAUGACGGACUACUAGCUACAAUCCGUGAAAAAGUCCAUAUGGAAGCAGAGAGAAAAGCAAUGUCUAAUGAAACAUGUACACCAUUGGAUCCAUUGAUUCAUGCCAAAAUAACAUACAAAAUGAAGAAUAAGGUAAUCUGUUGUCUAGAAGGUGCAAGAAUUGGAAUACAAUUUGAGACUUAUUUUGCAGGAGAACCCUGUGAAACUUACCAUUGUGUGCUUGAAAGCAAAUCGUUUCUUGAAAAGAUGUCUGUAAUUGAGCACACGGUUCCUUUCUUCCUCCCAAUACGUGAAGCGGAAAAUGACCUUCUCUCUUCUAAUGCCAUUAAAUUUGUAGAUUAUGUUGGAGAAAUUUUGCAAUCAUACGUGGACAGGAGAGAACAGGUUCGUCUUAUCAAGGAGCUUUAUGGGAAUCAGAUAGGGGAACUAUUUCAUAGCCUUUCCUACAACUUGAUUGAAUUUGUAUUGGAGGACUUCGAUUGUAAGGUGACUGUUAGUCUUAGGUAUGCAGAUCUCAUUUCUAUACUACCUAGUCGUAUACGGGUUUUGGCAUGGCCUGUACACCCUUCGAAGAAGACCUUAGCAGAUGAGAAAAAAGGAGGUGCACAAUCUAUUCCAUCUCGUCUUCCUUAUGCCGAAGAUGCUCUCAGAACCAUGAGCUUGCCUGAAGCUUAUGCAGAGAUUGUACUGAACCUUCCCCAUGUGCUGCAACAAACAUUCCCUCACCUUGCAAGUUCUUAAUUUUCUGCAAGAACUUCCAUCUGUAACAGUGUUGAAGUUUCACAGUUAUCUCUAUCAUGACCACUUACAAGCAACUCUCAAACACCCUAUGGCCCAACAGAGGAAUAUGCAACUUGUUUGCUUCAUCUCACAAACUUACACAUGGUUCCCAUAUAUGUUCAACUCAAGAAUCUGUAAGCACUGUUUCAUCUCAUCUCCUGUCCUGUAUAAAUAUCUUCAUAUUAUAUAUUUUCAAUAUUCUUUAGUUGAAGUUAGAUCAUGUAUUUGCUAGACUUCUCUCCCUACUACUACAAAAGUCAUGUUACUGACUUCAAAUAACGUUCAGACUGCUAGAUGUUAAUUGAAGGAUAUGUUUUUCACUCAUUCUCAUUAUGUUUACACAGCCAGAAAGAAAUCAAUUUCAUGGAUUGGUGCAAUUUCCAAAAAACAGCCUGCAAACAAUUCUAUGGAUUAGCACAGGUCCCAUGCAUUGUCAAUACUCCUUCCCUUGCUUAAGUUGAGUUGAAUGUAAGAGCAUACCAGCGGAAAUUGAAACCACGGGUUCGAUUUAUAAGGAAUCGUAUUUGGGAAGUAGGGGGCUGCUUAGAAACUGUGCUGACUCAUGGAAUUGGUUUCCUUGAUGUCUGUGUACAGACGUUAAAGUUAUGUUCGAGUGACCUACAGACUGCUAGAUGUUAAUUGAAGGAUCUGCUCAUUGAACAGGAUGCAUUUCACAUUAUUAUCACGAGUGGACACUGGCAUGGUCCUGGAGUUAAAAGCAUUAUUCUAUUUUAGAAUAAGAUUUAUGAAAUUGCGAUUGCAGUUGUUA